AUGACUACCAUAACGACGUCUGCCGACGCACCUGUCGCCAAGGCCCUCCCCAUCGUACCCGAAGAAGUUACUAAGGAGUGGCUGGCCGAAGUCCUCGGUCUUAAGAUUAAGUCUGUGGAGCUGACCGACGCCAUCCACGGCACGGCUAGCAAGGUCUUCUUCACCAUCACUUAUGACGAGUCUGAAACUGCCGUCGAGAAGCCUGAGAAAAUAUGCAUCAAGGGUGGCUUCAACCCGUCCCUCACCGCGGCAAUCCCCCUCCUCAUCGAUAUCUACCGUCGUGAGGCUCUCUUCUUCGCCAAUAUUGCUCCCAAGCUCACCUCUAUGCACCUGGUUAAGUCUUGGUGGGCUGGUGAGGAUGAGAGGCAGGGGCUUGUCAUCAUGGAGGACCUUAGUAAGAAGAACUACACUUUUGGCAAGGUGAAAGAGCCCUGGACCCCUGAUAUGGUGAAGAAGGCCCUCGAGGAGCUCGCAGUUCUACAUGGCACAACCUGGAAUCAGGGACCCAAAGACUACCCGUGGCUCAAGUCUCAUUAUGACGAAGCCGUUCUGGGCAUGCUCCCAGCCAUCAAUUACGGCCAAUUCGUCAUUGACCCAGAGCGCCCACCGCUGCCUGAGCCCAUGAGAGACCAGGCACGUGUUGAAGCCAUGUUGAAGAAGCACUUUGCAAACCGCAACCCAAAGUUCAUGUGUGUCAUCCACGGUGACUGCCACAUCAUGAAUGCUAGUGUCUCACCACAGGGGCAAAUCGGUCUGGUUGACUGGCAGAUGCUUGAUAGCGGCGGCUGCUUCCACGAUGUUGCGUACUUUAUUACAGGCUCCCUCACAGUCGAGGACCGUCGCGCGCACGAGAUGGACCUCCUGCAGCACUACCUCGACAUGCUUUACAAAUACGGUGGCCCCAAACUCUCCGCCAAGGAUGAAGAUGUUAUUCACGAGUACACAAAGAGUGUCUUUUCCGGAAUUGGAUGGAUAGUGGCCACUACCCAGAUGCAGCCCAUCGAGAUCCUCUACCCCAUGAUUGAGCGUUAUGUUGUUGGAAUUGAAGACCAUAAAGUCGUUGACCUGCUGGAAAGCCUACCAUAG